CCUAAAGUUGAAUUGGAGAAAGGAGUUCUGAAAUGUGCUUCUUCCUCAACUAGAGAAAGGAAUUACUAAUGGACUUAAAAUUCAGAAAGAAAGCAUCUAACUUUUCAUCAAACCAAGGCCAUUGGGGGCAAUGUGAAUAAAAAGAAAAAGGCCGGUAUGUAUCCAAUCUCCAGCCCUAUGCAUAAAUUGAGGGAUCAAAAGUUCAAAAACCCAAUUCAUUGCACAUCAAGAACAAUGAAGCCUGAGAGUACUUCCAUGGUUGACACUGCAGGCAUAGGGCAAUGGGACUCUCAUUCUCCUCUUCCAUACAUCUUUAGUGGCUUAGGAAUCGUUUUCGGGAUCAUUGCCGUUGCCUUGCUCUUCCUUGCAUGCUACCACCGAAAUUCCUCUCCUGAAGAAUCGUCAAGUGGCAAAGAAGAGAAGUUCAGAGAAACCACUGGAGCAGAUGUUGCUUCGGAGCCAGAUAUAGUGGUUGUCAUGGCCGGGGAUGGCCAUCCUACAUAUGUAGCCAAGCCCUCUGCUCCAAAUUGAACACUAAAUUGUUCAAGAGAGUAUAGUCAGAGACUUUUAGAUUUUUACUUAACAUGAUUGUUUAUAAUAUUUUACUUAACAAGAUCUUAUUCUAGUAAUUCACACUUAAUAAAGAGUAUCACGUUAU